GUGCACCACGUGUCCGUGCACGACCAAGGAUUCUACAACUGUACCGCCACUAACACUGAAGGAAUUGCCACUAGCUCUUCGGAGGUUGAGGUGGUCCGCGCGGAAGCGCCUAAGCGCCGAACGCGCAAGGAGCCAAAAGCACCUCAAUUUAUUGAAGUUCUCCCCGGUGUUCUCCGCGGAACCGCCGGAGAGCAGACUACGGUAGAAUGCUCCGUGUCCGGUUUCCCGAGCCCGUCAAUUGUAUGGAUGCGGAAUGGCCAGGCACUGGUACCAUCCGAUCGUUAUUUGAUGAGCUAUGAUGGGGAGUGUGCCACGCUGAAGUUUGCGCACGUGACGCUUGCCGACGAGGGCAGCUACGCGUGCGUGGCCACCAACCAGAAUGGCGACGCGAAGACGCAGAUGAAGUUUGAGGUGGCCCCUGGUGUUCAUAAGACGGGCGACGGCCAAGCGCCACUAUUCCGGGCGGAGCGCCUGAAGGACCGCAUCCGCGUCCGUGACGGCCAACCGUGUAGUUUGGAGGCGGAGAUCAUCGGGGGCUCCGAGCCGUUGACGAUCAAGUGGCUGAGGGACGGCGUGCAGAUUGAAGAUUCCGCCGCAUUCCGAUACUCACAAAGCGGAAAGAUCUGCCGAUUGGCCGUGGCAGACGCAUUCCCAGAAGAUGCCGGACAGUACAGCUGCGAGGCCAGAAAUCAAUGGGGAGUGGCCAGAUGCCAGAUGAGGAUGGAGGUAUACUCCGACGAGAAGCCGGCCGGCGAGCAGGCCCCGAAAAUCUUGGAUGCCCCUGCCGGCCUCAGCGCUGACCUCGGAAUGCCGCUGGUUAUCAAGGCAAAGAUCGUCGGCCACCCCGACCCGGUCGUCGAAUGGCACAAGGGCACGGAGAAGGUCAUCAACAGCGACAAGUACAAGAUGACGUCCGACGGAGAAUCGAUGAUUCUGACGAUUUCUGACACGAAUAGACGCGACGCUGGCAAAUACAGAAUCACCGCGUCGAAUCACGCCGGCCAAACGACGCACACCGUCGACGUGACAGUACGCGAGCCAACACCAAGCGGCUCCUCGGCGAACCAACCGCGUUUCCUGGUGCACCCGGUGUCGAUGCAGGCCGCCGUCGGCCAAAAAGCCCAACUGCAAUGCUCGUUCGAGGGCAAACCGAUGCCGGUCGUCUCGUGGUUCCGCGACGAUGUCCGGAUUCGGGAUGGAGUUGGCGGCUAUUCGAUCGAUACUCGUGAUGGAGAUUCUACCCUCUCUGUCGUUUACAUGGAAAAGGAGCACUUUGGAGAGUAUCUCUGCACCGUCAGAAAUCCCUACGGAGAAGACCUCGCCACGGCCAAGCUGCUCCUGGAGGCCGUCCUCCGUCUGUUGUCCACCACCGUGCUCGUCGCCUUCUGUGCCGUCGUCCGGUCGUCUGUCCGGUCUAACGUAUUUUUGGAAGGCACAACCGCAGCGCUGCCGCAACGCUGCCCGGCUGCGCGUAAA